AUGAGUAAAACAAGGAAUCCAGAGCAGUCAUAUGUAUCUAUACCGCAAAUAAAUAACAAUAAUAAUUCAGAUGAUGGUCAACUGCAAGAAGAGGAAUUUGAGCUUCAAUCUUUAUCAUCGCUAGAUUAUGAAAAUUCAACUACAGAUCGAGUAGAACAAGAAGAACAAAAUGAGGCUGAAUCACAAGAAGGAAAGUCUAGUAUGAAUAUGGCAUUCAUGAAUAUGGCAAAUUCUAUCCUUGGUGCUGGAAUCAUUGGUCAACCGUUUGCUUUGAAGAAUUGUGGAUUAAUCGGAGGAAUGAUAGUAUUAAUAUCUUUGUCAUUCUUGAUUGAUUGGACUUUAAGGCUAAUGGUUAUGAAUGCUGAAAUAUCACAAACUAGGUCAUAUCAAGAUACCGUAAAUUAUUGCUUUGGUAAAUACGGUAAAAUUGUUCUUUUAUUUACGAUAAGUUCGUUUGCAUAUGGAGGGUGUAUGGCCUUCUGUGUUAUCAUUGGGGAUACUAUACCUCAUGUAUUGAAAGCAUUUAUACCUGAUUCCAUUACUGCCUCUUCAUCAGUUAUUGGUUGGAUGUUCCGUAGAAAUACUAUAAUUGUGAUUUUUACUACGUGCAUUUCAUAUCCAUUAUCAUUAAAUAGGGAUAUUUCUAAAUUAGCUAAAGCUUCAGGCUUUGCAUUGAUUGGAAUGCUUGUCAUUGUACUAAUCACUGUUGUAAGGGGCCCAUUUACUGAUAGUGCAUUGAAGGCCCCUUUAACAAAACUAGAGUGGACUGUUAACAUCAACAUUUUUCAAGGCAUUUCAGUCAUCUCCUUUGCAUUGGUUUGCCAUCAUAAUACGAUUUUUAUAUAUAAUUCUUUAAGGAAUGCUACCUUAGCCAGAUUUGCUAAAUUGACACACAUUGCUUGCGCUGUUUCUAUGAUUUGCUGCUUUGUAAUGGGCGUGAAUGGCUUUCUUAAUUUUGGUGAUAAUACGAAAGGAAAUAUCUUGAACAAUUUCCGGAGUGAUGAUAACUGGAUCAAUUUAGCGAGAUUUUGCUUUGGAUUGAAUAUGUUGACUACUUUUCCCCUAGAAAUAUUCGUGGUAAGAGACGUCUUAAAGGAGGUUGUAUUUGCUAACCACAAGACUGAAGGUGGUAGCACUUCACAUCUUGAAUUAUCUUCACGUCAACAUUUCAUUAUAACCUCGUUAUUGGUUUUUACGUCGAUGACAGUAUCAUUAUUUACAUGUAAUUUGGGAAUUAUUUUAGAAUUAAUCGGUGCUACGUCUGCGUCGCUAAUGGCAUAUAUCAUCCCUCCAUUAUGUCAUUUGAAGUUGUCAUGGAAUAGAGCGGACUAUAAAAAUGCUGGAUUUGCGGAUAGAAGAGAAUUUAUAAUUUGGAAGUUGGUUCCAUGCAUUGCUUGUACUACGUUCGGAUUUUUAGUCAUGUUUAUUAGCUCGUACAUGAGUAUAAUAACGAACAUGAAAGAUGCAGAUGGUGGUCAUUGCAUUGGAGAAUAA